AUGACCGGCGGAUGGAGACAGCCCUCCCUCAAGUGGGUCACAUUGAAUGCGCGUCCUUACUUCUGGAAAUUUUCGAAUCUGGCCAAAUUAACUUCGGCUAGCUGUGUGUGGUCGUUAAGCGGUUUAGAAUCCUAUUGUCGCCCAAUAUCACUACGUUACUCUGGUACAGGGGAUGAUCGCGGUAUUUUUUCGUCUUCAAUAGAGCAUAUGGCUUUAUAA